AUGAUCCAUCCUGCUCGUGGGCAAUCUGGGCGUCGCCAAGUUGGCCUCACGGCCGGGUUCCUGCUGCUGGCCUUGUUGGGGAGCCUGGCCCUGUUGCUAACGUGUUCAGCAUGGCGCUCGGGCCCGGCGUCCGGCACCGUGGCAGCCUCCUGUCCUCAGUUCUGCAUCGACUGUCCGAACCAGGUCUGCCAGGGCUGCUCCGACGGCAGGUACCUGCACAUGGCUGACAGCGCGAAUCCCUGCGUUGUGACAUGUCCCCCGGACUAUCCCACCAUCUAUGACAAUAUGGGCGUCCUCAUUUGCUUUCCCGAGAGCAUCGAGGGCUGUUCCAUGAUGCGGCUUUCCGAUGACUUCUACUGCGUGGAGUGCAAGCCCGGGCGCUGGAUUUCCGAGGGGCGCCUGCGUGGAGGCCUGCCCGUCGGGCACCUUUCCCAGUGGCUUGACAUGUGUCCCUUGCCCGGGGGGUUGCUCCCUCUGCAGCGAUGCGUCUACCUGCUCGGCCUGCGAGCCGGGGUCCUUCCUCAGCGGCAGCUCCUCCGCGAGGCGGAUCGCCAGUGCGAGGCAUGCGAUGCCUCCUGCCACACAUGUGAGGGCCCCACGGAGGCCCAGUGCCUAUCCUGUGCCGGGAAAACGGGCGCCCUUCUGGAUGGGCACUGUCUCUCCAGCUGCCCACUGGUCGGGUUCUGGCUGGACGAGUCGGAUCCCCUGCACCGGGUAUGCCGCCCCUGCGGCGAAGGCUGCGACCGGUGCUCCGACGCCACUUCCUGCCUCACGUGCAAGCCCGGCCUGGUGCUGCUGCACUCGGGGCCCGGCGGCGCCUCCUGUGUCUCCGACUGCCCGGGCGGCUUCUUUGCCAGCCUGCUGGAUGGCCAGAGCCAGGCCGCGUGCGCAGCCUGUGCCCCCGACUGUCUCACAUGCACUGGGCCAGAAAGGCGCGAUUGCCAGGUGUACGCCUGUGAGACGGACGGGACAUGCGGGCCCCCGCGCAACCGCUCUCUGGUCAUUGGCCUGGCGGUUGGCCUCUCACUGCUGCUGCUCAUCCUGCUGCUCAUCCUGCUGGUUCUUCUCUGGGCCCUUCGCCGUCGACGCCGGGUCCCGAAGGAGGAGGCCGACACUGAUAUGACCGUUCUGAAUACGGUGAUGGAUCUCUCGCUUCCCGGGUUCCUGCUGCUGUCGUUCCAGGAGGACCUUCGGGUGACCGGCGACGCGGCGUCCAGCGGCACGCAGGGGGGCAUCUUCCCGGCCGAGCCCCUGAAGCCGGAGCUCAUUACGGCCGCGGGAGACAGCAGCAUCGUCGUGAAGCUGCUCAGCGCCGAGCCCAGCCCCUCCCUUGCCGAGGCCCAUGUGCAGGCCAUGUUCGAGAACGAGCUGUCCAUCCUGUGGGCCCUGCAGCAGUCGCCGAAUGUGGUGCGCAUGCUGGGCUACACCCAGGCCCCCCGGGCCAUUGUCAUGGUGCGCGAGGCCACCGACCUGGACAGCCUGCUCGGGUCGGACAGCCCGCUCGAUGCGGCCAACGCCCUGGCCCUGGUCCGGGGCAUGGCCCUGGGCCUGGGGUUCAUCCAUGCGCAGGGCAUCGCCCACCGGGACAUCAAGUCGGCGAAUGUCCUGGUCGGGCCGUGCCCCGAGACCGGGGCCAUGCGCCCGGCGUUCGCGGACUUCGGCGUGGCCAUGGCCGUCAGCCGGGGCUCGGCCCUGCUGGACUCGGCCAUGGUGCUCGCGUGCAGUGUUUCCUUCGCGGCGCCCGAGGUCCUGGCGUCGAUGGACGCCGGCGGGCUGGGCGCCGCGCCGAUUGACCACCUGGCGGCCGAUGUCUACUCGCUGGCGUCGGUCUUCUGGCACAUUUUGACCCAGACCCGGCCCUGGAGCGGCUUGAGCAAGGACCGGAUCCAGGAUUUGCUUGGAUCCGGAAGGACUCCGGCCUCGCACGGCCCGGCGGCUCGCGAGGAUCUCCUCCAGGAGCCGGCGCUGGGCAGCCUCGCGUCCGGCCUCCUGGCGGACAUGUGGGCCACGGACCCCGGGCGUCGCCCAGGCAUUUCUUCUGUCGCCAUGUCCCUUUCCGAGUAG